GCGGAGAGUUCGCGGGUUUCCUCGAGAGAGCCUUCGUUUCCUGGUCAUCCUCGACCUCUGCUCCGGUCGUGCGUAUCUGGGCCAGUGUACCACCCGACUCCCAGUUACAUCUACUACGACAGAUGUAGAUUUGAAAUCAUCACCGUUUGAAUUUCGGCUCUUUCGGGCAUCUGGUAUUUCAAAAUUUCAAAAUUACAAGACUCUACCCGAGCAGGCUAGGGUUCGUGGGAGCAUCGUCGUCGGAGCCAAGAAAUCCUUGAUGAGUCGGCAAAGACUCUCCUGUUGAUUAAAAACAAAAAUAUCGAAGUCAAAAACGAAAUAAUGGAGGAAGAUAUGGAUAUCGAUGAGAACAACACGUCAAAUAACAAUUCUUUGGAUUCUCAAAUGGAUACCGAAGACUUGGAACCAAUGCAAGAGUUGGGACCCGCUGCUUUGGGUCUACAAAGAGUAGGUUCCAAGCCACCUCCAAAACCAGCUGCACCUCAACCAGUUCAAGUCUUGAAUCGUAGAGGGAUGCCUGCGAGAAUAAGAAAAAAGAAUAAGCUGUUUUACGAUGAUAUUCUAGUUAAUCAUCCACAUCACAGAAUAAAAAAGGAUCCAGAUUCUACACCAGUAAAACCGUCACCGAAAAAAAUUACGAGAUUGUCACCUAUGAAGAGAGCCAGAAUGAUUUAUCAUGAACCCAAGAGAUCAGUGUCGACACCGUCAACUCCUGUUAGUAAGCCAAUUAAAAUCGAAAAGCCACAGACAGCGGAAAAACAUCCACCGCCGCAUGCUCCCUCUUCGCCAGACAGAAAAAUUGGCCAGAAAAUUGGUAUGAGAUUACGAAAUCUGUUGAAGUUACCUAAAGCUCAUAAAUGGGUAUGCUAUGAAUGGUUUUACAGUAACAUUGACAAGACACUUUUUGACGGUGACAAUGAUUUCAUGAUUUGCUUGAAAGAAUCAUUUCCCCAACUUAAAACGCAUAAACUCACGCGCGUCGAGUGGUGCAAGAUCCGAAGAAUGAUGGGCAAGCCUAGAAGAUGUUCACAAGCUUUUUUUGAAGAAGAAAGAAAAGAAUUGGAAAGGAAAAGACAAAAAAUUCGCUUGUUGCAACAACGAAAAGUUUCAGAUGUGCAAGCUUUCAAAGAUUUGCCUUCAGAAAUACCACUUCAAUUGGUGAUAGGAACAAAAGUGACUGCAAGAUUGAGAAAACCACAAGACGGACUUUUCACUGGAAGUGUAGAUGCUGUUGACACAAGCAAUAAUACUUAUAGGAUAACUUUUGAUAGAGCUGGACUAGGAACUCAUAGUGUGCCUGACUAUGAGGUUUUGUCAAAUGAUCCUCCAGAAACAAUAAGUGUUGCUUCAUUUACAAACAAAUUCAGGCCUCGACAUGUUCAAUACGUUCCCUCUCCAGCUUACGAAUUGAAAUUGUCAAGAUUAACGAAUGAUCCGUUAAUUUCAAACGCUACUAUCACGAAAAAAAACCAGAUUCUUUCUAGUGGUCUUGUCAAUGGUUAUCCAUUGAAGUUACUUGAAAGUAUGGUCAAAGUGAACAAAAUCUUGGUGGCAAAAAAAAUUAGGAUUAAAAAAUUGAAAGAAAUGAACAGUGAGGCUGAAAAACGGAGAUCGAUUGGAGAAUCUUUACCUCCAGAUUUUGAAAGAAAAUAUGCAGGAAUCGUAGUAGAAUUGGAAAAAAUGAAUGCAGAUCUCCAAGAUAUUUUAAAUGAAGUACAAUACAUGUGUCAAGAAAUCGCCCCUGAACCCAGUGUUGCAGCAAUGCUAGCACCCUCACAUCUAAGAGAAAAGUGUCGCCAGGAUGCAGCUGAAAUGGUGGCAAAAAAUAACAUGAUUAAUGACAGUGCUCCGUCUCAAAUGAAUCAGCUUGUUACAGAUCUUACAGCUCUGAUGCUACAAGUUAAAUGCCUAUCAGAUUCUGAUAAAAACGCAUACGAGCUGAAAGUUCUACAAGGGACCAUGGAACAAAUCAGGACGAAACUUUCGCCGCAAAAUCAGCAAGUUUUUCAAAAUUGUGUUGAGAUACACAUGCAACAUAUACAACUGGGAUUAGGACAAGUAGGUGCAUUAACACCUUUCAUGGCACAAAAAAUUUAAGUAUUUUGAAACUCGUUUAAGACCUUCGUGAUUCAAGGUUUCUAAUAAAAUUUAUCGAUUUGUUUAUUGUUUAAGUUAAGUAUACAUAACCUACAAUAAAUGAAGGGUUGCAAAAAUGAGAUAAAUUGAAUUUUUAAAUAUCUCAGUUGGGACUCAAAAUAAAUUUCGACAAAAAUAGAAUAAGUUUAUCGCUUUUUAUUGAAAGCAGUUGCUUUACAAUUCAAAUGAAAACCAAAAAGGUAAUCCUUGAAUAAUUUUAUGGUAAGAUGAGAAUCGAUGCUUUCCCUAAGAUUUUGCAACGGU